CGCCAUGCCGCGCCCGCAGCAGCAGCAGCAGCAGCAGCAGGAGGCGGCGGCGGCGGCGGAGGCGCCGGGUCCGCCGCUAUCCCGUCAGCCCCCGGCGGACAGCGCGGCGCCCCCGCACUCCCGGCAUGCUCUGCGCCGCAGGGCCAAGAUGGCGGCCGACAAGCCGCAGCCCGGCGGGGGAGGAGGAGGAGGAGGAGGCGGAGGCGGCGGCGGCCGGGCCGCGGCCCGACCCGCUGAGGAGAACAAGGAGAACGAGCGGCCCGUCGCCGCCAACAAGCCGAAGAGAAGCGCCGCUUUGGGGGACAGCCUGGGCCUGGAGAUCCUUCAGAUCAUUAAAGACUCCCAGCAGCAACAUGGCUUGCGGCACGGUGACUUCCAGAGGUACAGGGGCUACUGUUCGCGCAGACAGAGGCGCCUCCGGAAAACGCUCAACUUCAAGAUGGGGAACCGGCACAAGUUCACUGGAAAGAAGGUCACCGAAGAGCUUCUAUCCGACAGCAGGUACCUGCUGCUGAUCUUGAUGGACGCGGAGCGGGCCUGGAGCUACGCCAUGCAGCUCAAGCAGGAGGCCAACACCGAGCCCCGCAAACGGUUCCACCUGCUGUCGCGUCUGCGCAAGGCUGUGAAGCACGCCGAGGAGCUGGAGCGCCUCUGUGAGAGCAACCGUGUGGACGCCAAGACCAAGCUGGAGGCCCAGGCGUACAUGGCUUAUCUCUCGGGAAUGCUGCGCUUCGAGCACCAGGACUGGGAGCUGGCAAUGGAGGCUUUCAACAAAUGCAAGACAAUCUACGAGAAGCUGGCCAGCGCGUUCACGGAGGAGCAGGCCGUGCUGUACAACCAGCGUGUGGAAGAGAUCUCGCCCAACAUCCGCUACUGCGCCUACAACAUUGGGGACCAGACGGCCAUCAGUGAGCUGAUCCAGAUGAGGCUGAGAUCGGGCGGCACCGAAGGCCUGCUGGCUGAAAAACUGGAGGCCCUGAUCUCCCAGACCCGAGCCAAGCAGGCCGCCACCAUGAGCGAGGUGGAGUGGAGGGGCCGGACUGUUCCUGUGAAGAUCGACCGGGUCAGGAUCUUCCUUCUAGGCUUGGCCGACAGCGAAGCCGCCAUUGCCCAGGCGGAAAACGAGGAGACCAAGGAGCGCCUGUUCGAGUCUGUGCUCAGCGAGUGUCGAGACACCAUCCAGGCAGUGCGGGAAGAGCUGAAGCCAGACCAGAAGCAGAGGGAACACCUGCCAGAAGUGGAGUCUGGGAAGGUAUCUAAUCUGCAGUACCUGCACAGCUACCUGACGUUCAUCAAACUGUCCACGGCGAUCCGACGGAACGAGAGCAUGGCCAAGGGGCUCCAGCAGGCCCUACUGCAACAUCAGCCCGAGGACGAAAGCAGGCGCAGCCCUCGGCCCCAGGACCUGAUCCGCCUCUAUGACAUCAUCCUGCAGAAUCUGCUGGAGCUGCCUCAGUUGCCCGGCCUGGAGGAGGACAAGGCUUUUCAGAAGGAGGUCGGACUCAAGGCCCUGGUCUACAAAGCUUACAGGUGCUUCUUCAUCGCCCAGUCCUAUGUGCUGGUGAAAAAGUGGAGUGAAGCUUUGGUUCUGUACGACCGCGUCCUGAAAUACGCCCGUGAGAUGCAGGCCCAGGCCGGGGACUCUGACACUAGCCUCAAGGAGCUUCCAGACGUACAAGAGCUGAUCUCGCAGGUGAACGCUGAGAAGUACUCGCUGCAGGCGGCUGCCAUCUUAGAUACAAGUGUCUCUCACCAAGCGGAAUCUCCUGUGCAAGAGAAGGACGGCAAGCCCCUGGUGGAACGCUUCGAGACCUUCAGCCUCGACCCGUCCCUCGUCAGCAAGCAGGCCAACCUGGUUCACUUCCCCCCGGGCUUCCAGCCCAUUCCCUGCAAGCCGUUGUUCUUCGACCUGGCCCUCAACCACGUGGCCUUCCCCCCACUCGAGGACAAGGUGGAACAGAAGCCCAAAAGCGGCCUGACGGGCUACAUCAAGGGCAUCUUCGGCUUCCGCAGCUAAGCGAGGCUACUCACCCGGAGGCGCCGGGGGUGGGGAUCCUCAUCAGCCUGCCCCGUGUCCUGGUCCGAUUAAAUCCGGGUGUGAAACUGCCUGGGGCAGGGCCCCGCCAUCCUC